UUCGCGUCAUAAGGAAUCCGCGCACACUCGCAGGACGUCACGCACAAAGUUCCCACGACCCGGAUUACAUUCUGCGCGCGAUUUAUUAUGUUUUUAUAUGAGCCGUGGACUCUUAUAGGAGCGGAUGCUUUUCUUGAGUGAGAGGUAGAGUGACAGGGAGCAUAUUUUCCGCCACAGUCCCACCGAGCUCCUUUUUUUGGGCGGACUGAUACCGUGGGUCUUGAUCGCGCGUUCUGUGCGUUUUGUGCGCGGACGCUGCGCGGUCGCUUCUCAUUCAGGCCACUUUGAAACAUCUGGCACUGGAUAUAAUAACCAUUUUUUUGUGGACUGAGUGUCUUUGUUUUUCCAAUAUGUGCGUGGCCAGUGUGUGAUGGAAUGAGGGUGUAAGAAAGUGUACCUCUCUAUAAGGGAAUUUACACAUCUCUUCACAGCACAUAAAGCUCUGCUGUAGGAUGCAGGGAUGAUGCCCGUUCGGCGUGUGAAGGCUCAGCCACGUGUGUGGCCUCUGAGCACCGAGCCUUCUCCUUGGGUAUGGACGAUGCCAAGUGCUGCAGGACUAUGUGCCCUGAGCUCCACUCCUCAUGCGACCCUCCUUACCUCUGCCAGACCUCCUCCUCCUCUGCGCGCUGUCACAAGCUGGCAACUCUCUUGUGAUCCGUUCUUGCCACCACUCAUCAGCCCACUUCCAGUGCCAAAUGUUCAGUGGGAGCUUACAUCUAGGCCCCCCAUGCUGGGAUUUCAGCCUUCUGCGGGUGUUGAUCUGGUUCCUGUGUUCCCUGUUGUGUAUCGCACUGUACUUCAGCCACAUUACGGCAAGUCCUGGCUGGAAAAACGCACGCCUGACUACAAGGUUUAUCUAAAUAAUGCUUUGGAGACCUGGAUUGGGCCAGAAGAACUGGGAAUCUUUCAGCAUCAGGAAAAGCCAGUGCUAAUGACAAACCAAGUAGCGAUGAGCAUAUCGAGGCCAACAGCUGCCUCCAGGAAUUUCCACACUCUGCUUCUGACACCCAGGCGCAUUUCAGGUUGUCCAGUAGCCAUAAAACGAGUGCGGAGCAACAAACGGAUGGCUCUGGCAACAGCGGCACUGGUGGCUAUGGAAUCAGACAUGGCCCAGAGGCCAUCAUCCUCCUCAGCUCACCCUCUACACUUGCUAUCAUUGUCACCCAUUAAGAUCCCACUUCUGACAUCACCUAACCCAGGACCUCGCAGCACAUGGGAAGGACUGCUGAGUCCUGUUCUGCCCACACAGCUCACUGCUAUGAGGUCCCUCUCUGCCCCUGCUGUGACCCUUCUAACUGGUGACUGGAAAGAUAAAAAGGCUCCAGAAAAGAAACUGGAAGUGAGAAAGCCAUCCUGCACAAGAGCACUGGUGUUGCACUCUGAUUCAACACCAGAGGACAAAGUCGAGGAUGAGCAGUUUAAGAUUAGCAUGGAUAUUGACAACUCUCCUAAAGACAAACGGCCAGUUGCGUCCACUCCAGUGCCAGGAUCACCAUGGUGCGUGGUAUGGACAGGAGACGAUAGAGUUUUCUUCUUCAACCCCACCAUGCAGCUGUCUGUAUGGGAAAAACCAGUGGAUCUAAAAGACCGAGGUGACCUCAACAAAAUCAUUGAAGAUCCUCCACAUAAACGCAAGAAGGACAUGUCAGAGGAUGGUUCAAAUUCCCCUUCAGCUGAUGAUGAGGAUGAAGGCGAUGAUGAAGGAGAUCAUAUUCUGAAAUCUAAACGCAACAAAUUGGAGGAGCCAUCUAGCAAUUCAGUGUCUGCCAGUGAGGAGCAGAAUACAGAGAGGUGCGCAGCGUCCAAUCAGAUGGUCCUACCACUCGAACUGCGGAUCACGCACUUCAGAGAGAUGCUCCUAGAGAGAGGGGUCUCUGCAUUCUCAACAUGGGAGAAAGAAUUACACAAAAUUGUGUUCGACCCACGAUACCUGCUCCUGGGACCAGAGGAGAGGAAGCAGAUUUUUGAUCAGUUUGCCAAAGCCAGGAUAAAAGAAGAAUAUAAAGAGAGAAAGAACAAACUCCAACAGGCGAAAGAGGAGUUCAGGAAAUUACUUGAAGAGUCCAAAAUUACAUCCAAGUCAACUUUCAAAGAGUUCUCAGAGAAGUACGGCCGAGACCCACGCUUCAAACGUGUUCCCAAGCAGAAGGACCAGGAGCUGCUUUUCUCCCAGUUUGUCAGCGGCCUCAAGAAGCGUGAUAAGGAAAACCGAAUGAGGCUGAGAAAGAUGAGAUGAAGCCUCAACAGGCUGUGAAAUAAACUAUUUUGUUUUUACAGAAUGCCUUCUUGACAGAAAUCAAGUCAAACUGCACAAUGACACAAAAUGCCGCAGCAUCUGACAAAGUAAAUGAAACCCAUUGCAGCGUUUGUGGCUUUUAUUUGAUCUCUGGAUUUUCAGAACAACAAACGCACAAACAGGAAAGCACCAGAACCGGGCGGGUUCGACUUUAGAGGUAGUUCAACUCUGAGACUGAUCUGUUUCAUAUUGAAGCUCUUAAAGUUCAAUGUUGCAAGAUGUCAUAAUAACAAAAAAAAUAAAAAAAAAAUAAAUAAAUAAAAAAAUGAAGUGUAUUUCAAUAAAUAGGCAAACUGUACUGUUGGAAGCCAUUGACCUGAGCAUACAGGUAUUACGUGAUUUUUUUAAGGACUAUAAAUAUAAAAUGUUGACAAAUGCGCGCUGUAAUGAAGUUUUGUGGAAACGUAAUGUGAAGUAUGUGGAACGUCACAGCAGAACGUCUGAUUCUCCACAGCAUCUGUGAGAGUCUCUAAGUUGUCAUGUUUUGGUGGAUUUUUUCACGUUGUCUAAAGUGUUCCUUGUGAAUAAAAUUGUGAUCACUGUUGGAAAACCGAAAUGAUAUAAUUGAUACCUCUUUAAAACUAAUCACCGGUCUGGAAAUUGUUCUAAAAUCAGAUUUCUUGCAGGAAAUGUUUAAGCAUACACUACAUAAGGCACAUCAUUUAUUUAUCGCAGAGGCUAUUUGUUCUCUCAGCAGAAACAAGAUGUGUUUUUGAGUUCCGACACCUACACAGUGUUCCUGAACCGGUAAUCAUUAUUAGGCUGUAUGGAAGCCUGAUGUAAUAAAGUUGUGGAUUUGGAAAGAAUUUUAGACUUUGCAAUUGUCUUUGUGUUGAUGAAGACAAGCACACAUAGACACAC